AUGCGGCGGCUCAACUACAUGGAGCAACGACUAGUGGCCAUGGCACAAGUCUCGCAGUUUCUCAUCGACAUGCCCUCCGGUGGACCCCGGGGACAAUGGGGUCGAAUGUACAUCACACCACUGAAACGACCGCGCCUGUCCAGCGUCCUCGAGAAUUGCCGCCUGGACAGGCACGGCAAAGUUUACGUGCACUCCCCGAACGGAGAAGUAGAAAGCCACGCCAACGUCGGACACCUAUACCGAGCACUUGAAGAAUUACAUCGAGAUCACAGACUUUACAAGACACCAGAAGUAACUGCCGCCCUUCAACGACUCCAGCAGAAGUACCAGUACACACGCACCAGUCACAUGCGAAAGAAAAUAAGGCUAAGACGUCAGCAAUACAGCAGCGCCACCUGCGAGCCCACUCACGACACGCCGAAACAAACAACGUGCAACACCCACAUAUACCUUUCUUCCGACGAGAGUGAUACAAACGCCACGAGCAGCAAAGCACAAAGCAACACAUGCCCAGCCAACACGAAAGACAAAAACCACGAACGCACCGAAAACACUCUCGCAAAUAUCGAGUACAUCUUCCCGGAAGCACCCACAGCACCCUUCGCCGACACCUACGACUUGGGCGAACACAAGCUAAUGGCAAAUCUAAUGACUGAUGCCGACGUCAAGGUUUUCCCACACCUGUUCCCCACCGGCGAGUACGGCUACAACCCCGACAUGAAGUUUGCGGACUAUACACGCCAACGUCUGCUCGGCGCCGACCCACGCUUCGAGGACUGCCCGGACUACAUUUACUUUUUGCUGGAAACAUGGCUCAAGAAGCGAAUCAGCAGCAACACCAGCGUACGCAUAUCCCAGCAGAGGCAAAGCAGCGCCACGCAUCCGACGGAAGCACUUCGUAAGCAGGUCUACACAACCCUCCGGGACGUGCCCGGCACACAACCGUACGUCUUCGCCAAAAAGGGAGUGGCCCUCAGCAUGUUCGAACAGCUGGGCACGCCACAAUGGUUCCUCACACUCACGUGUCACGCCAAACAAGCACACAUCCUCGUCGCAUGCAUUUACGCAAAGCUGCUGCGAGAAGCAGCAACCUACACAGCCAACGACGCCUGCCAAACAGAUCUCGACGACGCGAACCCUGCGAAUAGCGAACCAAAAAAACAAGAAGUGGACACGUCAAAACGCGAAGCACCAAAGGAUACACCUAACACAAACAACGCAUCAGCAACAAAAAGAAAAAGCGAUAGUGACGACCCAGAAAAAAAGGCUUACACCGCCAACGAGCUGUGCAACAGCAUGCCGGCCGUCGUCGCCAGACAAUUCUACCAACACGUCAAGCGCUUCCUGCGAUGGCUCAGCCCUACGCCACAAGAUGCCGCAGAAGACAGCGACACCGAAACAGAAUCCGAUAACACGGAAAACGCAUCAACCCCAAGAUCCGAGAACAAGAGCACCGACGAAGACAACACCCCCAAAACCGAUCAAUACAGACACCAAAACAGCGCGCCGCAUGCACGUCACAAGUGGCCGCCCCCCUUCCACGUGCAUGACUACGUAGUACGAGUGGAAUGGCAAAAACGAGGCUAUCCCCACGUGCACAUGCUCCUCUGGACGCGAGAAAGAGUUCAACCCAGCCUUCUCCCCACACAGCUUUCAGCAGACGACGUGGAGCACCUGACGGACGACGAAGUUGCAGACAGGAUCCAGCCAUGCACCGUAGAAGACCUCACCGACAGGUUCAUCUGCACCACCAGCCCCGAACGCUGGGAAAACGUGCACCUGAAGCGCCAUCCCGAAAGAGCCGACUACAAAUGCCUCAGCAGCCUAGCCAGCCUCCAAACCCAUAACUGCAACCAAUACUGCCGAAGAUACGCCGGCAACCUCCAGUACUGCAGAUUCGGCUAUCCACACGCGCCAGAGCCGAGAGCGCGAAGACGAACCGCCAAAGAGCAGUGGAGCCGUCGAGUGAAAUCGAGCAUCGCCGUCCGACGGCAUCCGGGCACCAAGUUAGAGCCCCACCCGCUCAACGGCACCGGCACGCUCAUGGGCCAGUACAACAAAAACAUACUACUGGAAUGGCAAAGCAGCACGGACCUACAACCCAUAUGCGAACUGACCAUGGCCUCGCGCUAUAUCCUCGGUUACACCUUCAAGUCUGAAGAGGACAUCGUCGCCGCCAGGAGAGUGGAACGCCUUGUGGAACAACUCGUCGAAUCGAAUAGCCCCUUCCAUCAGACGACCUACAAAAUAGCACACGCAUCAACACAGGCACGAACGGCUUCCACCUUCGAAGCCUGUCACCUCCUGCUGGGCUUCCCGGUGGUGCUCUUCUCCCGCGACCACAUCUGGAUCCAAACGGGCCGACCGCAAACCUGGACGCUCUGGGUUCGGCCUCAGGACGUCAGACUCGCAAUAGCGAACCCCGAUGCGUACGCGAGCCAGCAUGCCAACGAACUCCCAGCCGCGCAAGAAAGAUACGCCAGCAUUCAAGAAUCCAUGCCCGACACCAUCACCGACAUCCCAGUGGAAACAGACGGCAUAGCCACAACCCGGCGACCCUGGAAAGAGAUCAGCUUCUUCGAUUACUGUGCCGGAUUUCAACGAGCACAACCCCGCGACGCCACUCCAGGUCCUCUACCAAGGAAAAGACCAGCCAUUGUGGGACACCGACAAUUCAGCCCCGACACAGACACCGAAGAUUAUUACUUCUCGAAGCUCCUACUUCACCAUGUCUGGAAGACACCAGGAGACUGGCUAAAACCCGAAGACGGAGGAAAGCACACCAGAGCAUUCGCGCGCAUCGUCUCAGACAGACAAACCUAUCCGCACUUCAUGAGCUCCAUCUGCUACCCAUGCUUAAACAAUACCAUCGGAGCGGCGCGAGAAAUUCAACGCGUCCAAGCAACCAUGUACCUCAAAGCAAGCAUCCGCUCAAGCCUGCGAGGCUGGACGCUAAGCAGGUUCGACCAAGACAAGUACAAAGAUUCAAUCCAAAUCAUGCAAUGUCUCCGCAAUCGAAACGGUCGAGACUUCGACUUCGAUGCACCAGACAACGUACCCUCGGGCGUAGCCAGCGAUGCCUUCGCCCCCGUGGAAGCCGGCGAGGAAUGCUUCGAACUCCUGCAGACGGAUGCCGGAAGCGAACAGAUCACAUACCAAAGGACUGUCAUGGACUACAUCAUAUCAUUUGUCUUGGAAGCCCCCAAAUCAGCACCCAAAAUCAACGAACACUUAAAACUCAUCGUGCACGGACCGGGUGGCAGCGGCAAGUCCGUCAUCCUAAGAGCAGUCGCGCACAAGCUGCGACAGGCAGGUGUGGGAGUAGUCAUCACCGCGCCAACCGGCGUGGCGGCCUUCAACAUCAACGGCGUCACCCUACACACUGCACUCUGCCUACCGGUCAUCAACAACAGUUACGGCAAGUCGACGGACAUCCCACCGCCACGAGGCAUUCAACUCGAGAGCAUGCGCACCCUCUGGAAACACGCCAAAGUACUCUUGUUGGACGAGUUCGGUUUCGUGUCGGAUGAAACCUUGCAAAGAGUCGAUCGACACCUGCGACUAGCCACCGGCAACGACACCACUCCCUUCGGCGGCAUUCACCUCGUCAUGUUCGGAGACCUCUACCAACUCCCGCCACCGCACGGCAAGCCCAUAUUCGCAUGCGAGCGACACUGGAGCCAGUUUCGACUGCUCGAGCUGCAGGGUAAUCAGAGAGCCGCACAAGAUCCCGAGUGGGCAGCGCUGCUGGCCAGGCUGCGCGUCGGACACUGGACGGAGCAAGACGUCCGCGUCCUCCAGAGCAGGGUCAGCCGCCGCAGGAACGGCAUCCAACCCGCUCGCAACGCGAUGCACCUACACGCCACGCGAGAAGCCGUUGCCGUCACCAACGCACGCAUUUUUCAGCACCACAUCAACGAACAACACAUUCCCCGAUACGAAUGCCCCUGCAUCGACACAUAUGCAAAAACGGGCGAGAUAGCCGACCCGAGCGACAGCUACAUCGACCCAGAAGACACGGGUGGACUAGAAGCCCUACUCACCGUGGCUGUAGGCAGCCGAGUGAUGUACAAGCAAAACUGGGACGUCAGGGACGGACUGGUAAACGGCGCCUGCGGAGAGGUGCAAUCCGUCGAGCUGCUCGACGACCAGGUCACAACCAUCUGGGUCAGAUUCGACAAGGCUGGAAAGAGAUGGUGCGAGCUGCACCAAACACCAGCCGUAGCCGUCGAACGACGCAGUGCGAACUAUUGGGGCAAGAAUGCACAGUGGAUCCAGAGACGACAAUUUCCGAUCGUUCUCGCACACGCCAGCACCAUCCACAAAGCCCAGGCAGUCACGUUGCCCGAAGGCAUCUUCGCGGCACCAAAAAGCAAGCAGAUCCAGCCGCCCGUUCCACGCCAGACCAGACGAAUGAGCACAAGAUCAGUGGCUACACCAGACCCGACAAUCCAAGGAGCAUUUUUUCAACAACAAGAACGAGCGCUGUGCGGCUUACACGCGCUCAACAAUGCUAUCGGAGACGACAUUUUCGGAGAAGAUGACCUCGUCUACGCGGCCAACCAGUUCCUUCUCGAAAACCCCGAACUUGAAGACAGCGUCGAGGACCACAUGAGCGGCAAUGGCUGGUUCUCCUCCGAANNGUCCUCAGCACGGCACUCUUGA